AUGAGAAUCUCAGAUAUUGCUGCUUCUCCUACAGAGCCUCCAGUGGUGAAGGUGACUCGCAAGGUGGUGAAUGACAGCCCGAAGGUCCUCAUCUGCCAGGCCUUUGGCUUCUACCCCAAGGAGAUCCAGGCCACCUGGACCAGGGAAGGAGAGGUCCCCCAGUACAAGACCCUCCGUAGGAAUGUGGCCCCCAAUUCAGAUGGAACCUUUUAUGUCCAGCUCAGCAUUGAGAUCAAGCCCAAGGAGAGGAACCGCUUUCGGUGUCACCUGAAGCACGAGGGCUUGGACGAGCCCCUGGUCUUGGUAUGGGAGGAGGAACCAGGUGAGAGACUGAGAGGGUCUGACAUGCAGAAGUAGAUUUUACACAAAUGUUUGAAAAUAUGUGGUGGGGGCUUGUUUUCUUCUGCAACAUCUCAUGUUUUCAGAUGGAGAGUCUUGCAUUUAAUAAUGGGAGAGAAGUGAUUUCUGCCAGAGUAGUUGGAAAUAACCCUAACCCUAACAGGUCAGCCAAUUUGGUAACUCAGAUGGCUUGGAGCCUAGGUGUGGCUUAGCCUAACUGGUCUGUAUAUACUGUAUUUUUCAGGGUAUAAGACACAUCUCUUUCCCUCAAAAAAGAGGGUGAUAAUCUGGGUGCAUCUUAUAUACUGAAUACAGCAUUUUUGGCUUCGUGAAACCCUGCCUCAUUCACCAAAAUGUCCAUGCAUAGCUUUUAGGAGGUUUCCAGAUUGCUCCUGGGGGCUAGAGAGGGCUAAAAUGAGAUAGAAACGGGGCGGUUUUUGCUUGUUUUUGCCCCCCCCCCCCAGUCCUCAGAAUCACUCUAUAAGCUUCCUAA